GGGAGGUAAUUAAAAACAAAGGGGGAAAUGGGGCCAGUUAUAUCUCCUUGAAAAGCAGAUCUAAGGACUACGUCCAUUACGAGAGACGAAACUUACAGGGUGACCUGAUUUCCUGGAACGGAGAGGGAGCUCAAUUUGGUUCCAUGCAGAGUUAAGAAAGAGAGAUUUUUAUAUAUUUUAAAAAUGUAGUCAGUAUAGUUUUCCCCCCAAAAUAUUCUCUGACAGGAAUAUUGUGGAAGGUGGUAAACUUUAAAUGAAGCUGAUUAUUAUUGUAAUUUGCCAUAUAAAUUAUUACACAAUCAAAGUUUUACCUUAUAUAGUAUUUCGAUUUUACCGUCUAUUAAUACCUACCUGUACCCAUCCAAGUGUAGACGGGUCAGAUUACAGGCUUUGUGGGAUGUUCUGUUGACUGACAAGAGUUCCUCUCAAUUCUGGAACACCCCUGUGGAGUUUAAAACACAUGUAUGUACACAAAAUUACAAAACUUCGCAAACGUCUCCAGACCCUUCUAGGGUGAAAUUCAAAUUCUGUUUACAAGGAGUUCCCAUGUGAUCUAUCCAGUGACAUUCCAUGGUUGAUGAAUUUUAUUUUAUUGAUGCCAGUAUUUUGAAUAAUCAUUGUGAAUUUGCAUAUAACCUGUUGAGAAUUCUCAGUCCUCAGUUUUAUUUGGGAUUAGUCAGUGACUGGAAGCUGUGAACUACAGAAUGAAAAGCAGCAAAUACAGCAUGGAAAUGAAUGGAACUGGCAAAGAUUCCGAGGGGGAGGGGGAGGUGGCCAGCAAUGGAGAGGCAGUCACACCAUCCACUGUGGACAUCACACUGGAUAAAGAGAAGGAAGAGAAGGAACCCCAGAAAAUGGUUGGAACCUGCGAAGUGUUCAAAUAUGCGGACUGUUUGGAUGGAUUUCUCAUGUUCCUUGGCACAUUCUGUGCCCUGUGUCACGGCGCCGCGCUGCCCUGUAUGAUUAUCGUGUUUGGUGAGAUGAUUGACACGUUCGUUGAGUCCGGAAAGCUGACUAUCUGGUUGAACAGCUUGAAUUCCACUUACUUGUCAUCUCAGGGAUUAAGUGUAGAAAGCAUUGUCAAAGAUCCCAAGAUUCUGAGUCCUCACUUGUCAAACUUGACAACGUAUUACAAUGUAACAGAUUUUACAAUUUACCACAACUCGGUGAAGUACGAUCUCUUGGACACCAUGACAAAGUUCGCCAUUUACUACAUAGCCAUUGGCUGUGGUGUUUUGGUGCUGGGGUAUGGGCAGGUAGUCUGCUGGGUGACAGCGGCUGAGAGGCAGUGCCACAGAAUCCGAGUCUCGUUUUUCCGCAAUGUCAUGAGACAGGAGAUUGGUUGGUUUGACACGCACGACUCUGGUGAACUCAGUACCAGGCUUGCUGACGACAUCAAUAAAAUCCACAUGGGUAUCGGUGACAAGAUGGGAACAUUUGUGCAGUGGAUAGCCGGCUUCUUUGCAGGGUUCACCAUUGGGUUUAUCUAUGGAUGGAAGCUAACUCUGGUUAUCCUGGCCAUUAGUCCAGUUUUGGCUGGAGUAGCUAUGCUGAUGAACAAGCUGCUGGCAUUAGGUGCCAGUAAGGAGAUGGCUGCUUAUGCGAGAGCAGGAUCUGUGGCUGAGGAAGUUCUGGGUUCUAUCAGGACGGUGGCUGCGUUUGGUGGACAGAAAAAAGAGUGCGCUAGGUACGACGGACAUCUUGAUGUAGCUAAGAAGAAUGGAAUAAAGAAGGGGAUUACUGUCGGCUGGUCCAUGGGCCUGGUGUACCUCGUGGUCUUCUGUUCUUAUGGUCUCGGAUUCUGGUACGGAUCUAAGCUCAUCCGCGAGGACAGCGAUUACGGGGUCUCCAAUGUCCUCAUCGUGUUCUUCAGUGUUCUGAUUGGAGCAUUUUCUCUCGGUCACGCAGCACCAAGUCUACAGAGUCUGUCUGUUGCUCGGGGAGCAGCAUACCUUGUCUAUGCUUUAAUAGAGCAGGAGCCACAGAUUGACUCCGCGUCUGACAAGGGAGAUAAACCAUCCUCCGUGUUUGGAAAUUUGACGUUAAGGAAUGUAAAAUUCCGCUACCCCUCGAGAGACGAGGUCCAGGUUCUAAAGGGUGUGGAUUUGGACAUUAAUCGUGGAGAGACCGUGGCCCUGGUAGGGUCCAGUGGAUGUGGCAAAAGUACUAUUAUCCAGCUCCUACAGAGGUUCUACGACCCAGAGGAAGGGGAGGUGGCCCUUGAUGGUAAAAAUAUCAAACAGCUGAACACGAAAUGGCUGAGACAACAGAUAGGUGUUGUGAGCCAGGAACCAAUUUUAUUUGCUACCACCAUUGCAGAGAACAUCCGCUAUGGCAAAGAUGGAAUAUCCCAGCAGCAGAUUGAAGCUGCCGCCAAGAUGGCUAAUGCUCAUGAUUUCAUUCUGAAUUUUCCAAAUAAAUACGAGACCUUGGUGGGGGAGCGCGGGGCCCAAAUGAGUGGAGGUCAGAAACAGAGGAUUGCCAUUGCCCGGGCUCUGGUCAGGGACCCCAAGAUCCUCCUGCUGGACGAGGCUACAUCAGCACUGGACACUGAGAGCGAGUCUGUAGUACAGGAGGCUCUAGACAAGGCUCGAGCAGGGAGAACCACAGUUGUCGUAGCACAUCGUCUGUCCACCAUUAAAACAGCAGAUAAAAUUGCCGGAUUUGAGGAGGGUAUGAUCGUGGAGAAUGGAACACAUGACGAUCUGAUGGGGAAAGGGGGCGUGUACUACACUCUUGUGACCAAUCAGACAAGCAAUGUGGACGAAGAAGGAGGAUCUCGGGACGAUGAAGAGGAGGAGUUAAUAGCCAUGUUUACGGGCAAGAAGGAGAAGAUAGCUAUGGAACGUCAGUUAUCCAACCAGGCCAAGAGCCCGCUAAAAACGCAACUGUCCAUUGAUAAAGUCCCUGGAGUCGUAGAGGAAGAGGAAGAGAAGGGGGGUAAGAAAAAGAAGAAGAAAGAUUCCGAUGAGCCUCCCGAGGUCAGUAUUGCCAAAGUCCUGAAGAUGAAUUCCAAGGAGUGGCCCUACAUUCUGUUUGGUUGUCUGGCUGCGAUUCUUAAUGGUGGAGUUCAACCCGCAUUUGCUGUCAUUUUUUCUGAAAUUCUUGGAGUCUUUUCUGAGUCUGAUCCAGCCAAACAGGAAGAGGAAGUGCAGAUGUAUGUCUUACUCUUGUGUGGAAUCGGCGGCGUCAGUUUCUUCACAUUCCUCAUUCAGGGCUAUUGCUUCGGAGUGUCUGGAGAGAAUCUAACAAUGAGGCUCCGCCGUCUUGUGUUCAAAGCCAUGCUGAGACAGGAGAUCGCUUGGUUUGACAACCAUAAGAAUUCAACCGGGGCACUGACCACUAGGCUGGCCACAGACGCAUCACUAGUUCAGGGGAUCUCCGGAGCGAGACUAGGAAGCAUCGUACAGAGUAUCGCUAACCUCGGGACAGCGUUCGUGAUCUCAUUCAUCUACGGCUGGAAACUGACUUUGGUCAUCGUAGCGUUUCUUCCUUUCAUCAUGGUGGCAGGAAUGUUGCAGAUGAAACUCCUACAAGGGGUAGCAGGUCAAAACAAGGAAGCCUUGGAGGAAGCGGGCAAAACAGCCACAGAAUCUAUCGAAAACAUCCGCACCGUGGCCAGCCUUACCAAGGAGGAGAAAAUGGUGGAGAAUUACAAGUCCCUGAUAGAAGGGCCUUAUGCCACCUCCCUCAGGCGGGCCCACCUCACGGCCAUCGCGUUCUCAUUUGCCACAGGGAUCCUGUUCUUCGCCUACGCGGCAGCAUUUUGGUUUGGCGCAUACCUGAUACGACAGAGCGAGAUGGAGUAUACCGAUGUCUUUAAAGUUUUUGGUGCCAUUGUGUUUGGCGCGAUGGCGCUGGGACAAGCCAGUGCGUUUGCUCCGGACGCAUCCAAAGCCAAGGUAUCCGCGGCCCACAUAUUCUACAUGAUUAACCAGGAACCUAAAAUUGACGUCUACUCCGAGGAAGGCAAGAGAGAUCUUCCUGUGAACAGCAGGGUGCGAUUCAAUGGUCUGCGGUUCCGCUAUCCCACUCGACCAGAUGUCGAGGUUUUGCAGGGCCUGACGUUGGAGGUGACUCCUGGAGAAACGGUGGCACUGGUUGGGGCUUCUGGGUGUGGCAAGAGUACCACAGUACAACUGGUAGAGCGCUUCUAUGACCCGGAAGAUGGCACUGUGUACUUGGAUGAUAACGAUAUCAAAGACCUCCACAUUCAGUGGCUGCGUCGACAGAUCGGAAUCGUGUCUCAGGAACCUGUACUCUUUGACUGUAGCAUAGCAGAAAAUAUUGCAUAUGGGGACAACUUCCGAGAGGUACCAAUGGCAGAGAUCAUUGAGGCUGCCAGAAAAGCCAAUAUACAUAAUUUCAUCAACUCGUUGCCUAGUGGUUAUGACACGAUGUGUGGAGACAAGGGGACUCAACUCUCUGGUGGACAGAAACAGCGUGUGGCUAUCGCACGUGGACUGGUCAGAAAUCCUAAAAUCCUUCUGCUGGAUGAGGCCACUUCUGCCCUUGACACGGAGAGUGAAAAGAUUGUUCAGGAAGCGCUUGACAAGGCUAGAGAGGGCAGGACUUGCAUCGUCAUCGCUCACCGACUGUCCACAGUCCAGAACGCGGACAAAAUCUGCGUCAUCAAGCAUGGACAGGUAGCAGAGGAAGGUUGCCAUAGCGAUCUAAUGUCCAAACAGGGCAUAUAUUACAGACUCGUAACGACCGCACAAUCUAGAGGGUGAAUUCAAAAGUCCUACGCUAUAUUUAAAAGUGUUCUUUACAGUAUAAAGUGACCGGUGCACACUCGGAGUCCCAGCUCUUCACACGGGGUAUUGUGUAUUUACUUGUUUUGUCCUCAGAAGUAUUUUUAAGGGACAGGUGAAACGUUCAACAAGUGCUAUCAUUAUCGGCAUGCAACUGCCUUGAACUACUUGCAUGUAUUUAUGUACUGUUUUAUAUAUAAAAAAAGCUUUAAUGUACAUGUAAAUGUAUACAGUGAUCCCCCGCUAUAUUGCCACCCCCGCAUAUCGCCAAAAAAGUUCAAAGUCCUGUUUUCCUUGCUAUGUAAAACCCCGUUAUAACGCCAUCCCCCGCAUACCGCCAUCCGCCAACGUAUUUACAGGUACGAUUUGGUCUAUUACCUUUAUAAUCACCCCCGCUAAUUAUCGCCAAUCAACGGCAGGAAAAUUCCAGUGAGCAGGUUUAACCAAUUAUCUGCCGUUAGUCCUCCAGGUAUCAAAGUUUGGAGCAGAUAAUAAGUUACGUAAACGAUAAUCAUCUGAGUUCAAAUAUGCAGUAUUGUUUUUGAAAUCUGAGUAUGUCGGACACACCGAAAUCUAAUAGCAUAUUGAUAUGUAGAUAAAAUUUGUUUGAUUUCUUUUGACAGCUGUACACAUACCCCACUCCCCCAAUAUAAUGCCACGCCCGUUAUAAUGCCAAAAUUGCAGAGGUACAAAUGUUGGCGUUAUAAAGUGGGAUCACUGUAUUUUGUUUUUUAACAUGGAUAUGUUAGAUUCGUGGGAGUCUGCCCUAGAAAAUGUACCUAUAGUUUGUACGUGUAACUAAUUUAUAAUGCCUUCACUGUACUGUUUUGCACUUUGUACUGUAUUAUGGAUUAACUGGUAGAAUAUUAUUUUUAGUGCAGGGGAGAUUUAUAGUGGGACCAGAUGCUUUUACAUCUUGUCUAUAGGAAUUGUUCAUGACUGGGUUCAUUGUUUUACGUACAUCUAUCUCCAUCACUGAUGCCACUUUUCAGACCUCAUAAUUUGACUGUUGAAAUGCCAUUUCAAAUUUGUAGGGGUAGAAAUUUUUAGGUUGCCAAGAUUUUACAGUUUUGUUGGGAUAUAAUAUUAUGGAUACGGUUUCUGUACAGUGAGACAUCAUAUAAACUGUGUAUUUUGUUGUGGUUUGAAAUUCAUGGGAUUCAGGAACUUAUGAAAUCUAUGAAAAAUGAUCUCUGACAAAAUUUACUGAUUCCUUCCCUCCAGUUCUAUAACUGUAGCUUAUUUUGAUGAUUAGCUCAAAUUGUAUUUGGCCUUCAUAUUGCUAGAUGAGUUUUGCAGAAUAUUUUGUGUUUGUUGCAUAUCUUGUAGAAUCUCAAUGUGUUUGAAAGAGAACCACAAAAAAAAAUCAAUAAAUAGAAUAAUCACCAGUUCUUUGAUUAGAUAAUGUUUUGUGAAAUUUUAGUUUCACACUGUAAUAUUGUGUAAAUUUUAUUUUUGUUUAGGCAUAAGUGCACCAAUUUGUGAUAACUUCAACAAUAAAAACUUGGCGUUUAAUAUUGAUAUUCAUAUAGUAAAAGGCUGAUAGUGCUAUAUGACAAUCAAGAGUAAAACACUGAAGGAAGUUCACACACAAUAUCGUUUGUUUGUCAUGUCACUGGUUUUGACUUGACAGUAGUAAUCUAUCCAGUAUUCUAUAAAACGUUUAUGGGUGUUUUUUUCUCAUUGGAUGUGCGUAAUAAAUUUUAGCGGAUGCGUGAUAAUUUGUUGUGCUAUCCAAGCAAGGUACUCAGUUAUGUGUUGUUAAUACGCAUGUUGUAUUAAUGAUUUUAAUAAUUGGUAGGUUUCAUGGGGAGUUUCAAAAUAAAUGCAACUUGUAGAAAGGUUUUUUUAUAAAUACGACAGAAUAAUAAUUACAGGAGUAAGUUUUCUUUUUUUUAAAGCGUACUCAAUCAAAUGUAACCAUGGUAAUCUGGACAACUGUUUAUUGUAAUAUUAUGAGUGUGUGUGAUUUUUACAAAUUAACGUAUACAUUUCUCUACAUAAUGACGAGGUAUUGAUUUAUAAUCGGUGUACAGGAAAAUUUUGUCUUGUGUUGUCAAAGAUUGUUUACAGUUGUUUAUACUAUGUCUCCACCAUCAUUUUAAAACAUGAUUUAUACUUUUCUGUUAUAUUGUUUGAAAAGAUAUUUGCUGUUUUAUGUACUUAAGUAGAAUCAUUGACAUAAAUGUCCUUUGACUCCUCUACCUCAUCAAUCUAAUUAAAUCCGCUUGCAUACUGUAGCUUGUGUAGUUAACUACGGGAGCGGAUCAAAGGAUCUAUUUCGCUAUAGGUUUGUGCUCUUAGUACAGAAUAGGCCUACAAGUCAAAAUCAAAUCUUGUAUAAAAGUUUUUUUUUACAAUGAGGUGCUCAGUGUUAAAACAAAACAACAGUGAAUAGAAGUGCACAAUAAAUUUGUAGCGGAGGCGUGAUAUAAGGCUUUAUGUGUUGUGCUUUUAAAUCACGUUUCUCAGUUAUCUAUGUUGCAAAUGUAAGGGGGGGGGAUUAUUGUUGUGAGUAGGAUUUGAACCGGGUGUGGGUGGUGUGGUAGUGAUUGAUGGGCGAUGGCCUUAUCCAUUUUGCCAUGAUUGUGUUAGUAAGUGUGCUCCUUGGAAUAGGAUAAGGGCGUCACCCACCUAUUGCAAACACACCACCCAGUCCUGACUCAAACUUGCGACAAUAGUUUUCUUUUUUUCCUUUAUUUUUCUCCCUUGCAAAAAAAAAACUUCUUCAGGUGCCGAGCACCCUCACUUUAUAUCCUUACUAACUGCAGGGGAUGUCUUCCAUUAAACAAUAUUUACAUUACCAAUUAUGUUAUGAACAAUAUGCGCAUGAAACUUGAUGAAUAUAGUAGGUCUAUUUUAAUGACAGGGAAUUCCGACAGACGAGAAAGUAGAUUGUAAAUAUAAAUUUUAUUUUUCAAAAUACAUGAGGGUGUAAAUUGCGUCGUCAUUCCACGCCAGGAUACUUCAUGGGAAUAUGUCAGCAUGGAGCGUUGCAGUUCAUACCCUUGAUAUACACUAUCUUUUUCGUAUACAUCGUAGUAUUACUAACUACUAUGAGCACUGUGCAUUUGAUGGAUCUGGGGCGUUAAUUGCUCUUUUCAUCACUAUUUGAUUAUAUGUAUUGUCAAAAAAUCCAGUGAAAUCUAUUUUUAGCAGAAUCUUUCUUGUAAGGAUUAUUAUUUUUUUUUUUUUUUUGGUACCAGAUUAAAGGUGAGAGCAUCAAUAUAUACAUGUACGAUGUAAGGAUAAUUUUUGUUGUAUUAAUUAAAUAUUUAAGAGUUUUUGUCAAAUGUCUUUCGUGGUUUAUUUUGAAAUAAAAUGUCAGACAACCCAG